GGUCCUGGCAAGGAACUCGACCGGGGGGCAAGCUCCCCCGAGCUCUGCUGAUUUUUGACCAAGAACAUCCGAUGCGCCGCGACCUCAUGGAUGGAUCCGCUUGGAGGGGGCUCGGUGUUUGCACAUAGCAUUUCCACGAUCUCGGUGCCCACGACGGCAGUUGCAGAAACUCUCAAUAACAAGCCCAGUGUAUAUACUCAAUUGGACCUGGGUAAAUUCCCAUCAUGGACGCACAGCUCUUGGAUGAUGUCGCCGAUAGGUUCAACGCGUACCUCGACGCCGUUCCGGCCGGACUUCCUCAGUAUAUCCUCGCUGUGGCUGCUAUUGCCAUCAGUAUAUUCCUCGUGCGACUAGCGCAGAUCUGGAACGAGGACAAGGCUGUCCCAUACACCGUCCCUCCGCCGAAGAUUCCGGACGAGCACUCCAUUGUCGAGGAGACCAAUGUGAAGAUCUCCGGCACGACCGCAGUCCAAUGCUACGCCCCGGCCACGGGACAGUUCCUCGGCUUCAUCAACCCCUCCACCCCCGCCUCCAUCGACCGCGCCGUCGACGCUGCCCACGCGGCGCAGGCGAAAUGGAAGAAGACGACCUUCCGCGAGCGCCGUCAGGUGCUCCGCACGAUGCUGCAACACGUGCUCGAUAACCAGGAAGCCAUCUGCCGCGCCGCCUGUCUCGACUCUGGCAAGACAAUGGUGGACGCCCAGCUGGGCGAGAUCCUCGUAACGGUUGAGAAGCUCACGUGGACGCUGAGCCACGGCGAGAAGGCCCUCCGCCCCAGCCCGCGGCCUACGAAUCUGCUCAUGGCAUACAAACGGAACGAAGUGCGGUACGAACCACUCGGUGUCGUCGGUGCCUUGGUCAGCUGGAAUUACCCGUUUCACAACCUUGUUGGGCCCAUCAUCUCGAGCAUCUUCGCUGGUAAUGGUGUGCUGGUCAAGGUCUCUGAGCAGACGGCUUGGAGUUCCCAAUACUUUACCAGCAUCGCAAGAGGGGCUCUCAUUGCCCACGGCCACGAUCCCGCUCUGGUUCAGACGGUUGUGUGCUGGCCCCAGACGGCAAACCACAUCACUUCCCACCCAAAGAUCUCUCACUUGACUUUCAUCGGAUCUCGCCCUGUCUGCCUAAAGGUAGCCGCCUCGGCCGCCAAGUCGCUCACACCUCUGAUCGCGGAAUUGGGCGGCAAGGACCCGUCCAUCGUCCUCGACUCUGCCGCCAAGGAUUUGAAGCGUAUCGUUGAGAUCCUCAUGCGCGGUACGUUCCAAGCGUCCGGACAAAAUUGCAUUGGAAUUGAGCGCAUUAUCGCUACGCCAAAGUUGUACGACCAACUUGUGGCCACCCUGGCGCCGAAGGUCCAGAGUCUUCGCCUGGGACCGACCGCAGAUGUUGGUGCCAUGAUCUCCGAUGCCGCGUUUGACCGCCUCGAAUCCCUCGUCGAUAAGGCUGUCAAACAAGGAGCCCGCUUGCUGGCCGGUGGCAAACGGUACAUUCACCCAGAGCACCCUAAGGGCCACUACUUUGUUCCAACUCUCCUCGUCGACGUUACUCCUGAAAUGGAAAUUGCCAAUGAAGAGUGCUUCGGCCCUGUCAUGACCAUCAUGCGCGCUCCCGGCCCCGACGCAGACUCUGUUCUGUCGGUGGCCAACGCUCCAGAAUUCGGGCUGGGUGCUUCCAUCUUCGGCGGCGACAACGAUCCUAUCCUCCGCGCUGUCGUCGAUGGCCUCAACACGGGCAUGGUAGCCAUUAACGACUUUGGCGCAACCUACGCCGUACAACUCCCCUUCGGUGGCGUCGGUGGGUCAGGCUACGGCCGGUUCGCAGGUGAGGAAGGACUCAGAGGCCUCUGCAACAUCAAGAGCAUAUGCGUCGACCGCUUCGGCUGGUUGGGCGUCCGCACUGCCAUUCCUCCACCCGUCAAGUAUCCCGUCCCGGACCAGGAGCGCAGCUGGCGGUUCACUAGAGGUGUUGUGGGCGUGGGUUACGCGCAAAGUCUGGCGGGCAAGUUCAAGGGCAUUCUCGACAUUAUGAAGAAUGCUUGAUCAUCUUCAUCGCACUCAUGAACAUUGAACGACGAAGAGCGGGGGGUUGCAGCCACCUUAGCCAGCUGUAUCUUGUGUAAUGAUAAUAAUAGAGAAAGGGAAAGUGAUGAGUUAGAAACAUAGAUACCAAAUCGAUCAAAAGCACCUCAUUUAAACUCUC